AAUCAACAACAACACACAACACAAACAACCCGAAACGAUGAGUGAACAGCAGCACAACAACGUGCAGCGAGGCAGCAGUGGUGGUGAUGGUGAUGGUGGUGGACGCAGGGUGGGGAGAAGUGGUGGUGGUGGUGGUGGUGGCGGCAGUCAGGAUCGUGACUUGGUGGUGGUGACGCUGAGCGACCAUGACGAUGGCAGUGGAUGGGAGUCGACGACAGAUGACAGCGACCUGCAGCCGCAGCGCAGCGCACCCGCAGAGAUCAACUUCAUGCCACCAACCACUGGCAACAGCAAUGGCGAAGGCGAUGAUGACGGCGACGGCGGUGGCGGUAGCCGCGGAGGCGCCAGCCACAAGCACACCAACAACACAGCUGACGUCUUCAAAGAUGCACGCGAGGAGGCGCAGCAGCAGCAGCAGCAGCAGCAGCAGCAGCAGCAGCAACAACAGCAGCAGGGAUCACAGAAGCACACGCGAAGGGGUCGGCGCCGUGGCCACUCCGAUCGGCAGCGAUUACGGCCACAGGCGCGGCCGCAGGGCAGGCGGCGGAUCGAGACCAUGCGCAGCCGGGCGCUGCGCGAGCUGCACUCCAUGCACCGAGACAAGGGCAGCAGCGGGGAAGAAGACAGUGAAAGUCAUCACCACCAACAACACCAGAGCAACAGCCCCAGCCGUGAUGGUCCCGCAAGCCACGGCCGCAGGCUCGUCCACAGCAGCUCCACGCCGUCUGGCAACGAGGACCCACACCGCCAAGCCCCGCACGCUGGUAGCGGUGGGGACGGUGGAACCGGGCGCCCUCGAGCCAACAGCUACACCAGCGCUGUGCAUGGCGACGGCGACGCUUCUGGCACGAGUGAAGGAGACAUCCGCAUGGACACAAGCAUCUCCGCGGAACACCUGACCAUCCCAAGCCAGCGCCAGCGCGGUCGCAGGCGGUACCUGAGCCGCGACGAUGCACUGGCUGCAUCACAGGACGAACGCGGACGCAGCCGAAGCCGAAGCCGAAGCCGGCGCAGCAGCUCGGGCAGCCAGCGCCUUCCUCCGCGCAGCCCAGCCACGCGCCGGUCGCAGCUGCUGCGUGCAGCCGGAAACCAGCCAGACUUCAGCCGGCAGAACCUGCACCGCCUCUUCCGCAUCUUCGACGCCGACAACGACGGCUGCCUGAAGCACUCGGAGUUCAAGUCGGGCCUGCUGGCCAUGGGCCUGAAGGAGGCGCGUGACAACAUGGCCGUUGGGCGGCUGAUCGAGGCCAUUGACGUGGAGGGCGAUGGCACCAUCCACGAAGACGAGUUCAUCACCUUCUUCAGGCAAAUCAAGAUGGAUCAGCUGCAGGACCACCUCACGGAGUGGCAGGCCGCCAUGCCAAGCUCGGUUGAGGUCGUCUCAUAUAACCCCUACGACAACACGUCCUCGACCACAGACAUCCCCGGCAACGGCAUCCUUGAGUGGCUGAAGAGCAGAGACAAGCGCAAGGGGCCACACGCCUUCCAGCGCGACUGGGUCAUCAUCAAGGGAUACAACGAUACCAUCACGCAGGUGCUUGGCCUGUACCUGCACAUUCACGAGGAGACAUACCAAGAUGUCGUCACCUUUCAGCGUGACAAGAUUGAGAUUCUCGAAGCCGAGAACCAUGAGGGCUGCAUCGCUCAGAUGCUGAUGAGUGUGUACACACUUGACAACUCGCCCUUUCUCCAUGGCCAUUCCAAGUACGACCCGGGCCUCAGCCUUCGCCGCGACUACCGACCGGAUGCGGCACGUCACACGCGGUCAAACACACAUUCUGACAGCCAAUCCGGACUGGCUGCCUUCUUCACAAAGAACUUCUGGCCCGGUGAGUCACCUCUCGUUAGCAAGCGUCACCUGAGUGAAUUCCCGCCUCUCAUCAGCUCGCACCCGCUCAGUAACAUUAUCGUCAGCGACACCCUCCUCAUCACCAUUGUUCGUGAUCCUGAAAGCGAGGAGCUGGACGAGAAUGAGCCACCGGUGCCAAAUCCUGUCUAUGACGUCUUGGCAGAGGUCCGCGGUCAGAUUUUGCAACACUUCUCAGAUGUGUUGACUGGCAAUGCAAAGUAUCUCAGCUAUCUCAUUCUGGAAGCCGUCACAGAGGAGAACUAUAACCUCCGCGAUGCCCUCAAGACAUGGCUCGGUGUCAUCGAUGAUGGCAUCUCUGACAGACCGCAAUCCAUCUAUCGCGCCCACCUGUUCGAUUUUGCCAAGAUUGCCACCGCCUACACCCGCGAGAUGUCUGCUCUGAAAGAAGUGCUGACGCAAAACCUGUGGGACAAUGACGACGCCCAGCUCACCCAAUAUUUUAGCGAACAGGCGGUGUAUUUUCGGGAUUUGAGCGAUCAACUUGGUUCGAUCGUGAGCGAGUUGGAGGAGAUGCAAGAAGUCAUUCAAAAUCUGUUUCAAGUCUAUCGUAGCUACCAAGAUGAGAAGAUGAACAGCUUCCUCCUUCUCCUCACCAUCGUCACCGCCGUCUUCAUUCCGGCACAAUUCCUCACGGGCCUGUGGGGCAUGAACUUUGAUGAGAUGCCUGAGCUGCACUGGAAAUAUGGCUACCUGAUGUUCUGGAUGCUGGUUCUUGUCCUGACAACCAUCGUUCUUCUCUGGUUCAGAAUCAAAGGCCUCUGGCUGCUUGAUUAGUUGCCCAUGUAAACGCAUGUCCGGGGGGGUGUGUAGAUGUGGAUGUUUGCACCCCUGUGUCAAUCUGGCUGCCUCUCCGCGUGUCUGUCUGCCUAUCUGUCUUUUCUGUCUUUCCGUCUGUCAGUGUCAAUGGGUGUCUAGCUGUCUCGUGAAUGACCCAUACCCAUCAUGAUUGCAGGUUCUUUCUUAUGUGCAUGUGUGUGCUGGUGUACAAAGCACGGUUGGUUGUACAUGGUGCGAUGCUUGCCGUGGUCUUUGUGUGGAUUUGGCGCUGUUCAUUACACUUGCCUCAACGAAACCACUCACUCUCCUUUUAAUUCACAAGCAAUACAUCUCCUUUAGGCAUCACA